AUGCAUGCAGACAUUUUUAAGGCCAAUGGGAAACAUCACUUAGUUACCACGGACGAAUUCGCAGGCUGGCCGUCUUUGGCCCACAUCCACAACAUGACCUCUCAUACUCUCAUCAACAGCUUCCACACCAUCUUCCUGGCGACAGGAGUGCCUAAUACACUUCAACAGGAUAAUGCUCCACAAUUUGUCUCACACCAGUUCCGAACCUUCCUUGCUGAAUGGGGCAGACUCCUUGAACCAUCAUCCCCCCUUCUAUCUCGAUCCAACGGCCGUGCUGAGGCAGCGGUUGAAGCCAUGAAGAAACUAGUACUUGGAGCUCUUCAUGAUCCUGACGCAAUCUCCUACGGCAUUUUGGCGUUCCGUAAAACUCCUCGGUACGGAGGCCAAUCCCCUGCAGAACUCAUAUUUGGUCAAAACGUCAGAGAAGCCCUACCUAUGCGUCCCAUGGCUCAUGAUCCCCAAUGGCGUAGACCUAUAAGAGAACUGGGCGAAAUUGCCUAG